AUGAAGGCUGAUCAACCGUUUAUAUCAGAUAUCCCCUUGCCGAGUGAAGAUGAUCCCGAUCUGUUUGAUGCAAACUGUGAUCCUGCCAAUCCGAAAACGCUGACAUUUGACGAAGUCCGACUGGCUAGAGAGCGUAUCAAGGAUGGUAUAAUUUAUACAAAUUGUAAGAAAUCUCGUCUGUCUUCUGAAUAUGGCAUGGAGAUUUACUUUAAAGAGGAGUUUUUACAAGUCACUGGAAGUUUCAAAGAAAGAGGCGCUCGUAAUGUUCUACUUCAGUUAACACCUGAUGAGGCUAAACGUGGUGUCAUUGCAUGCAGUGCUGGAAAUCAUGCCCUGGGAUUGGCAUACCAUGGAAAGUUGUUGAAUAUCCCGGUGACUGUGAUUAUGCCUGAGAAUGCCAGUGUCAUGAAACGUGAACGAUGCGCAAGUUUCGGUGGUCGUGUUCUCCUCAAAGGCAAGAAUAUGUUUGAAGUGAGUUUCCGAGGAAGCACCGCAAAACGUUUUAAUAAUUUUCUCAUUUUACAACAGUAUUACUGCAUUGGUUGUUAUGAUCAUCCACAUAUUUUGGCGGGUCAAGGAAGUGUUGCCAUCGAAAUCCUGGAACAAGUCCCUGAGGUUGAUGCUAUCAUAGUGCCAGUUGGUGGCGGUGGCCUGAUUGCUGGAAUCUGCGUUGCAGCAAAAGCUAUUCGACCGAAGUGUCUGAUAAUUGCUGUGGAAUCAGAGAACUGUCCUGGAUUCAAUCAAGCAAUGCUUGCCGGGAAACCAGUUUAUACAGAAAAUUUCCCAUCGUGUGCAGAUGGCUUAGCAAUUUCCAUGGUUGGCGUCAAUGCAUUCCAGACCUGUCGUCAUCUCGUCGACAAAGUGAUCACAUUGAACGAGUCACACAUACAUCGGGCAGUUGUACGCCUGUUGGAAGUGGAGAAGUGUGUUGUCGAGUGUUCAGCGGCGACGUCUUUGGCUGUAAUCAUGGCUGACAUGCUACCGGAAUUAGUCGGCAAAAAAGUUGUCUGCCUUCUCAGCGGUGGUAAUAUUGACACUUCAAUGUUGGGUCGUGUCAUUGACCGGGGCUUGGCACUUGAAGGUCGUCUGUGUCGUUUCAUCGUUGUUGUAGCCGACCAGCCUGGAUGUAUUGCAGACUUGUGUGCAGUGUUGAAGCAGAUUGGAGUUAGGUAGCAUUAAAGAUAUCAGUCAAGAUCGUACAUGGUUGAAGUCGAGUGUAUUUGAAGUUCAAGUGAAGUGUAUCUGUGAAACUCGUGAUUUUGUACAAGCAAGUGAUCUGGAGCGUGCAUUGAAAGCCAAGUAUAAACACGUUGUCUGGGGUGAUGAGUCCAUUUGGUGAUUAUUAUUAUUAUUACUAUUGUUAUUA